AUGGAGGUUAAGUGUGCCACAUCUUUUGACGAGAGAUUCGAUCCCAACAAUGUCCUUAACAAAGAUAGCAAAAAGUUUUGGGUAACAACAGGGCUCUACCCCCAUGAGCUUCUAAUUGAUCUAGGCGGAACUAAGCCAAUUAAUGAAAUCAAAUUCAUAUCAACUGGAGCUAGAAAGAUUGUGAUAGAGGGAUGUAAGACAACCAAUGCCAGUGAGUUCAAGAAAGUAGGAGAGUCUAAGGAACUGAUGAACAAGACAGGCAUUCAAAAUGAAACUGUAAGAUUGACUGAUGCUGCUCCUUAUUGCCUCAUAAAGUUUACUAUUCAAGAGGGAUGGGAUGACUUUACUAGUGUUCACAACAUCGACUUCAACUGA